UUUUAUUUUUUCCAAGCUCUUCUUUCUUGCUGACAAACACUUUUCAACUUCUUUCCAGACCAUGGAGCAACUCGGCCAUCACGACAAUGACGCAGCAGCAGCAGCAGCAGCAGCAAUGCAUCAUCUCGAGUGCGGCGGCGGCGGCGACGACGACCCGCUCAAGGUGGAGAUUGACGUUGGCGUGUUUGACAGCCUGACGUCGGACGAGGACGAGCACCACCACCCGUCCAGCCACUCCAACCACUCGACCUCGAGUAGCGGCAACUCUGGGGUGAGCCAGCCGUGGAGCGUGCUCGACGCAGCCUCAACGCUCUCGCCGGCGUCGCUCAACGACACUGACUUUCUCGACCUGCUCGAUUCUACGACGACGACCGCUCCGACGACCACCGCCGCCGCUGCUGCUUCAAUGAGGGCGCAUGUGGAUGUAGACGUUGAUGACGUGGGCGUCGGUCGGCAGCAGGCGGACGUUGCGCUGCUGAUGGGGCUCGACCUCCACCACCACGCCGACGACGACGCUCACAACCACCAGCUCAUGGCGUGGCUCGACGACAGCCACCACUCGGCCACCAGCAGCAUCACAGGUGCUCCAGACGACCUGCUCCUGAUGACGGCGCACCACCACCACACGCACACGCAGCCUCAUCAUCAGUAUGCCGCCGCAGACCACCACGCUUCGCUGCUCGGCCUCGACCUCUUGCAGGACGCGCUCCUGCACCCGUCGCCCACGCUCGUCGCAGAGCACUACCAGCCUCAGCAACAUCAGCAACCUCAGCAACAGGUGGUCAAGCUCAAUCCCGCAAGCAGCGGCCAAUACAAACGGCUCGCCAGUCUUCCUCCGCUGCGCCCGCUUCAAGGCGGCCCUGUCGCACCAGCACCCGCUACCACCACACCGACAAUGGCAACGACGACGACGACGACCAACCUUGGGUCUGCCUACAUCCACCAGCAGCAGCAGGUCGUCGGAGUUGGAGCUGCGUCUCCUCCGUCAUCAUCUUCGGGCCAUUCGAGUGCAGGCGAAGAGGCGCAGUUUGCGACGGCAAACACAGCGCCUGCUGCAAUGUACCAGCAGGCCAUCCACCCGGAAAUGGACAAGAAGCUGCAGCGGCUCAUCAAGAAUCGCGAGGCCGCGAGCCAGUCGCGCAAGCGCAAGAAGGACCAGUUCGACACGCUCGAGCGCGACCUCAACACCAUCAAGACACACAACGCCGCGCUCAGGUCGCAGGUUGUGGCGCUCGAGCAGGAAAAUGCCGUGCUCAAGGCAGACAAUGAGCGCCUUCGCUCGUUUAUCGACACAACCCCGGAGCUCCGUGUUUCCUACGAGCAGCAGUACGGCCCGCUUCUUGGCGGCAGCGGCAGCGGGAUGCGCGGACAUGGCAGCCAGGUGGGCAAGAUGGCGGCAUCCCUGUCGUCACGCUCUGGGGUCGCGGCGAGCGUCACCGUGUGCGCCGUCCUCUUUUUCGUUGGUUUUGCCUUCCUUUCACCCACGUCCUUCCCCGGCGCCAUGCUCGGCGGGCCUCGUCAGCGCUACGACAUGAUGGUCGUCAACUCAGAGCGGGGUGUUGCUCACGUUGGCGGCCGUGGUCUUCUGGCCGUCGAUGACCAGGGCUGGGGUUUGUCCGUCCGUGAAUCGUCUGCCGUUGGCUUGCUCGAGCUGCCAGCUGCCGAAACCCGUCUGUCUGAAUGGCAAGGUGGUCCUCCCGCGCGCGUAGGCGGCCAGAACACGGGCCUUCCCUUGAUUACCAACGAGCAACGCGCCUUGGGCGGACGUGGCGAGCCGGCCCUCAUCACCAACGAGCAGCGCGCUAUUGGUGGGCCAGCGCUUCUGACAAACCAGCAGCCCGCUAUUGCUGGCCCGGCUCUUCUCGCCAACCAACAGCCCGCUAUUGCAGGCCCCGCCCUUCUGUCCAAUCAGCAGCCUGCCAUCGCCAGCGCUUCUUCCUCUUCUUCUUCCUCCUCUUCUUCUUCUUCUGUGUAUGCCAUUGAGGACAAUCUCAGUAUCAACAUGCAACAGCACCUGGAACGCAUCGAACGGGCUUCGCAGCAACUCCAAGUGCUCGAGCAGCAACGGCAAGAAGCCAUCGCGGUCGCCUUUGCUGCGCAGCUCGGUCUGACGUCCAGCGAUGUGGCCAUGCUUGCACCUCCCACCCUUGAUCAUGUCGGGACCUUCAUGGAACAACUCGCCAUUGACCGUCGCGUCGACACGUCGUACCUCGUUUGCGCGGACGUCCGAAACAUUUGGCCAGCGAUGGUGGAGACAGCCAAGUCUGGAUCGCGCCCCCGUCUGUCGUUCUUGAUCCCAUCUACAUCCGUCCUGAACGCGGAUGGCACCGUGCAGGAUGAUGUGACGGUGGAGGAUGACAUUGAGUCGGCGCAGGAUUCGCUCCCGUCUUCUGCGGACGCUCCCCAGCCGGCUUCGACGACCAAUGCCACCAACGCUGGAGCCAUCAAAUCGCUCGUUCAGAUUGACUGCGAGGUGUUACAGACCAAGCUGAUUCCAGUGCGAGCAAACGCUACGACUGCCCCCGCCGAGCCGCGUCGUCGUGCCGUCGCUGGUGGUCGCCGUCCAUACGCGUGAGGAUGCGCGUGUGAGCCCCUUUUGUGUCCUUAGUAUGAAUGUUAUGCAAUGGCGUGAUUGCCUGUUCUUUGUGUUGUUUUCAGAUUGUGUAUGUAUUUUAUUUUUUUUGUUGCUUUUGCUGCUUUUGCUGCUGUUUGGCUGCCUGGUUUUGGUUAUUUUGCUGAUGCCGUCUCACCGCACUGAUGUUGAUGAUGAUGUUGAUGAUGAUGUUGAUGA